CACCGUCCGAGCUUCAGGCUGGGGCGCGCAGGCUUGUGCAGCCAGGGCGGUGAGUUUUCUUUGCUAGAGCCCCGCCUCCCGCCCUCCCCUCGGAGAGCCGAGUCUCAGUCGCGGAGCCUCACGCAAGUCUCUCGCACACUUCCCAGCCCUCGCCCCAAAGGAGCAGCGGCACCGGGCGAGCUGCACUCUUGCGAGCCGCUCCUGGAUGGAGCUUGGGCCCCGCAGACACCAUUGCUGCCUGGAACCCUGAGCCACACUUGCCGCCUGCAGGACCGAGCCGGCCGCCCGAGGGUGCCAGGCGCCCGGGCGCACGCGGAGGGCAGGGGUUGUUUGGGGCGCGGGGCUAGGCUCUGGUAACCUCGGUGUGCUGUUCGCUCGGGUCGGUCACCUGGCCCGCGGCGGGGACCAUGGCUCUGAAAGACACCGGCAGCGGCGGCAGCACCAUCCUCCCCAUCAGCGAGAUGGUGUCCGUGUCCAGCUCUCCCGGCCCCACCCCGGGGCCCUGCGCCCCGUCGCCCUUCCCCGAGGUGGUGGAGCUGAACGUGGGCGGCCAGGUCUAUGUGACCAAGCACUCGACGUUGCUCAGUGUCCCGGAUAGCACUCUGGCCAGCAUGUUCUCGCCCUCUAGUCCCCGGGGUGGCGCGCGACGCCGAGGAGAGUUGCCAAGGGACAGCCGGGCGCGCUUCUUCAUCGACCGCGACGGCUUCCUCUUCAGGUACGUGCUGGAUUACCUGCGGGACAAGCAGCUGGCGCUGCCCGAGCACUUCCCGGAGAAGGAGCGACUCCUGCGCGAAGCUGAGUACUUCCAGCUCACCGACCUGGUCAAGCUGCUAUCGCCCAAGGUCACCAAGCAGAACUCGCUCAACGACGAGGGCUGCCAGAGCGAUCUGGAGGACAAUGUUUCUCAGGGCAGCAGUGAUGCGCUGCUGCUGCGCGGGGCGGCGGCCGGCGCGCCCUCCGGCCCUGGAGCGCACGGCGGCGCGGGUGCAGGCAGCGCGCAGGACAAGCGCUCUGGCUUCCUCACCCUUGGCUACCGUGGCUCUUACACCACCGUGCGCGACAACCAGGCAGACGCUAAGUUCCGGCGAGUGGCGCGCAUCAUGGUGUGCGGGCGCAUCGCUUUGGCCAAGGAGGUCUUUGGAGACACCCUCAACGAGAGCCGCGACCCGGACCGGCAGCCAGAGAAGUACACGUCCCGCUUCUACCUCAAGUUCACCUACUUAGAGCAGGCGUUCGAUCGCCUGUCUGAGGCCGGCUUCCACAUGGUGGCGUGUAACUCCUCCGGCACCGCCGCCUUUGUCAACCAGUACCGAGACGACAAGAUCUGGAGCAGCUACACGGAGUACAUCUUCUUCAGACCACCUCAGAAAACAGUGUCACCUAAACAAGAACAUGAAGACAGGAAGCACGACAAAGUAACAGAUAAAGGAAGUGAGAGUGGGACUUCCUGCAAUGAGCUCUCCACAUCCAGCUGUGACAGCCACUCAGAGGCCAGCACUCCCCAGGACAACCAGCCCAACGCACAGCAGGCUGCAGCUCACCAGCCCAACACCUUAACCUUGGAUCGCCCCUCCAAAAAGGCACCUGUGCAGUGGAUGCCACCACCAGACAGACGCAGAAACAGUGAACUCUUUCAGUCACUCAUUAGCAAGUCCCGAGAAACAAAUCUUUCAAAAAAGAAAGUCUGUGAGAAGCUAAGUGUAGAAGAAGAAAUGAAAAAGUGCAUUCAGGAUUUUAAAAAAAUCCACAUUCCAGAUUGUUUUCCAGAGCGCAAACGCCAGUGGCAAUCUGAACUGCUCCAAAAGUACGGGCUAUAGUAGUGGUCGCAUUCCUGUGCUGUUUUAAUGGCAUUUGAUGUUUACUACGAUCUCACCACCUGACUCAUGGUCAGUGUGAUUUAUUGCUGCUCUUCCUUUUUGUGAACAGUGGAUGUGGGACAGUACUUUCUUUUCAUUAUUUUCAUUGUUUUUAGAAACAUAAUUUUAAACGAAACCAAUUAAUGUGUGGCAAAAUGGUGUACCAUUCUGAUUCAAGCCAUUUUCUAAAAAUGAAAGUAAAAUGUGCAUGAUCAAAAAACUUAGAAUCUUAUUUUUGAACUGUGAUCUACUGGACAUGUUCAUCAUUUUGUAACUCAUCAAAGAACAAAUCUGCAUAUCACACCAACUCAGAUGACAAUAUGGAUGAAGCAACAUCAAGUAAAAUUUUAGAUGGUUUUAGGACACAAAUCUACAACUGUUUAAAUGCUAAUGCAAUAAAACAAGUAUUAUUUUUGCAUGAACACAAUGUUACAAAUAAUUCACAAGAAAUAGGAAGAUUUGAUC